AUGUUCCGUUCACAGCUGCUCCGCCAAACAGCUCGCGCUGUACGAGCUUCAACAGCGUUCCCACAACCAAUUGCCACAAGAACACUACCGGCAAUAUCUAGUCAGAGGAACAUCCACAACACCCCUUUCCUUCGACAGGAUGAGAAGAAGCCCGGGGAGGACCAUGAGGGUUCGUUCGCCCGGACUGAUCCAACCGUCGAGGUAGAGUAUCCAGCAGAGAGAGACCUCCCUUCUAGUACUCCCGUGCAGGGAAGAGGUGGCAUGCAUUUCAGACGUACGCUUCCGUCCUUCUCGCUGGAAGGCAGGGUCGGAGUUGUGACUGGAGGUGCUCGUGGAUUGGGGUUGGUAAUGAGUCAAGCUAUGGUUAUCAGUGGUGCGGAUGUGGCUAUUGUCGACUUGAACAAGGAGGAGGCAGAGAAGCAAGCAGAGCAACUGGUAGCAGCAUUUGUAAAAGAGAAUCCAGGAUCAGACAAAGUCCCCAAAGUCACAGCCCACUACGCCGACGUAUCGUCCCAAGAUUCCGUCGAAGCCGCCAUCGCCGAGAUCAUCGCUGAGCACGGAAAGAUCGACAACCUCGUCACAUCCGCCGGAUUCACAGAGAACUUCGAGGCAAUCAACUACCCCAUCGACCGCGUCCGAAAGCUCUGGGGCGUCAACGUCGACGGAACAUACCUAUUCGCGAUUGCCGUCGCGAAACACUUGAUGGAGAGAAAGGCACCAGGAAGCAUGGUCUUCAUCGGUAGCAUGUCAGGAGCUAUUGUCAACGUCCCACAACCGCAAGCGCCAUACAAUGCUGCCAAAGCGGCAGUUAGACAUUUGGCUUCGAGUUUGGCGGUUGAGUGGGCCCAUGCCAAUAUUAGAGUCAACUGCAUUUCUCCCGGAUAUAUGCUCACAGCUCUCACAAAGAAGAUCCUGGACGAUAACCCAGAUCUGAAGAAGCAAUGGACGUCUCUUAUUCCUCAGGGUAAGAUGGGUCAGCCAGAAGAUCUGAUGGGCGCCGUCACUUUCUUGUCCUCCGACGCAUCUGCAUACGUCACAGGCGCCGAUCUACGCGUCGAUGGCGGAUACACCGUCACAUAA